UAUUGUCCGGAUAACGUCAUUAGUCACUGCACGAAUGUAAUUUUAAGUCCUUGUUAAUACUUUUAUGGGGAGGGGGGUAUUUGUUUUUUGAUGCGAACAAAUUGCCUGUUUAAGCUAACAAAUUGACAAUGAAUUACAAUAGUAUACGGGAACAACAGAAGCCACCAAAAGAAGACUUGGCUCUUGUAAAAUUCGAUACUUAUGAAGACUACUUGGAUUCAUUAUACGAUGAAAAAGAUAUUUGCUAUUUGCCUGAUAGAGAGACAUGUAGACAGAUUGCAGAAUAUGGAUUUAAAAGAAACAGCUCAACUUACAAUAGGACAGAAUUCGCUAAAAAGCGAAAAAGAUGCGUAGACUACCUAACUGGAAUAGAAUUUAAUAAGAUGGUUAGUACGAAUUUCCGCGGUGGAGAUCCUGCUCAAGUGGCUUUGGCUAUCAGAGAACGUCCCAACAGGAUAGGACUUUUGUCCACUAUAAUUUAUUUAAGCAUAACUACAAAACUGGGUUAUGAAAUAUCUGGAUACAUCGAUUACUCACACAGUCUGUUUCAUAAAGACUGGCAUAGUUUCUUUACGAAAAAUGUGCCAAUUCAUCCUGAUAAACAUGAUCUGGGAUAUUAUGAUUGGAAAGGGGGUAUUACAACUACCAAAAGCUCACUGUACUUUAAGGCUUUAAUGUCAAAAACUAAAGGUCUUAUGUUCCAGCACAAAUUCGACCGAACCCUUAUUAUACCAGAUCCAAAUAGUGUAAAACUAAAUCAAGGCACUACAAGGAGUAAACAUAAAAGCAAGAUGUACAAUGUUUUUGUCCUAAUUGAUCAUAUUGUUAGAAGCAGAAAAUAAAUAUUCAUAAGAAACAAAAUAA